AUGGAGUCUAAUAAUAUAAAUGUGAAACCUGAACCAUUGUUUAGUAAUCUGUCCACUGGAGUGUUAUAUCCUCUUUCUGUUCACAAUCCCGGUGAUAAUCAGUUGAGUCCUUCAUGUACUGUUCUCCAAGAUGAUUCCUUUCCAAACUCAAACUCGAUUCGUAUACCUUCAGUUGGUUUUUCGCUCAAUGACUCCGAUAAAUUGGAUACUUCGACAACAGUAUGUUUGUCAUCCCAAACAAAAGCUGAAUUUUAUUCAGAAUCAGAUAAAAGCAAUCACAAUUCACUUUCUAGUUCUACGGACUCAAACACAAAGCCUUUGUCUGUCCAUUGUGUCGAGGAGUCAUCAAAUGUUUUUUCCGCGCAAUCGUCUCUACCCUCCCUCAAUUCAGAAUUUCAGGUCCCGAAUCUCCCAAGCGAAUGCUCACAUAAGUUCCCUGUACAUGCGGCUGCCAAGCCUAGUGAAGCAUUGUUUGUUCGGGCCUUAAUUGGACGCUGCAAGCGCAUCGCUCCUUUGUGGUUUAGGGGUGUUUCAUCAAUGCGUGAACGCAAUCGGGAAGAAAACCGCCGCAUGGCAUGUAACAGCGGCCAGAGCCAAAGUGAUUGGAGUCUCAUAGCAUUAAAAAUCGGGGAGAUGAAUGCUGGAAGUGAAACUGAUGCUGUAUCAAAUCUGCUCAAGAAGUUGUAUAAAGAGUUGCCCAGUGACUCAGUAUUUUGGUUUCUUAAAUGUUGGCUUGGAAGUGAGGAUACUUUAAAUGAUCCGCAUUCUUGUGUUAUAAGCCGUGGUGAUGCUAAAGGCCGUAUGCGACGCAUUGAUGGUGGCAAAGGUUCUGAUAAAGUUUGGAGAUUAGAUACAAUUGUUGGUAUGCUAUAUCACGGUUUACCAAUGUCCAGUACCGAUACCAACAUCAUGGUUCAUACAUGUGAUCAUGAAUUAUGCGUUCGACCACAGCAUAUUCGAUUCAGAGCUAGUUCAGUAGCGCUUGUUGUGGUUUUAAAAGCAUUGGCUCAAGCAGGUUACACCAUUAUUCCACCGUCGAUUGCUGCCAAUCCUGAAGGAAUUGCUCCUAACGUACCGGAUGAAUAUGUAGAUGUAUUUGGGCCUUUUUCUAUAGAACAACUUCAACAAUAUAGAAGUGAAAACUUAAAUCCUGCUAAUGAGUCUAUAUCUAAGCUUACUUUAAGUGCAUCUGAUCGUGAAUUAAUCGAUUUGGUUCCAGUUAUUAAAGAUGCUUUACAGAAAUCUGAAACUACAACGACAAUGACAACAACAAUAACAACGGGAUCGAUGAAUUUGAACCGCGCCAAUUCAUUUCCAAAUUCAUAUCUAUCCUAUGGUGGUUAUCAUAAAUCUCAUAAAUUAGAUCCAUUACAUGAAUCAUUAACCAUAACAACUACAAUGAAUAAUUUUUCAUUGAAUACAAUUAAUUAUACUAAACAACCAUCACCUAUAUAUCAACAUUCAAUAAAUGAUUUCAAUCAUUCAACAUUAAUAUGCUCUACAAAUAGAAAUCAUUCAAUUCAAUCUAAUAAUAAUGAUUCAAUGAUCUAUUCAAAAGAUCAUAAUGGAAUUCUAUUAAAAUCUGAACGUUAUAGUUUAAAACGACCAAGACCAGUAUCACCUAGUUCAUUUCCAUCAUCACCAGCAAAAAAUUCAUAUCAUUUACAUUCUUCAUCAAGUCCACCUUUACUUAUAUCUGGAAUACCAUUUAGUAAUAAUAGUAAUAGUAGUAAUAAUAAUACUAAUACUACUACUAAUAAUAAUACUCGAAUUUCACAAAUUCAUCCACAAAUUCGUCGACCAUCAGAUUCAACAUUAUUAACCAAUGGGAAUAUUUCAUCAUUGAUCUCAAAUAAUCCUGUUAGUUCGACAUGUGCCAAUAUUAAUAAUAAUACUUCAAGUGCAUUUUAUACUUUUUCUAUGCAUGAUAAUACUUCUGCCUUAUCUAGAUCACUUCAAUGUGCUAAUAUUAUUAAUACUCCUACUAAUGCUACUAUUACUAGUAAUACUACUGCUACGACUUCGAUGGUUAUCUCUACUUCGAAUAGUCUAUUACCUCAUUCUUCUCCUAACUCUCUUGUAUCACGAUCUAUUAAGAAUGAUCAAGAUCAGUCAAUGCUUCAUCAUCAUCAUCAUUUCCAUUCUGACCAAUCAUUAUUCCAACGACAACAUCAAGAAGGCGAAGAAGAAGAGAACGAUGAUGACGGCGAUGACGAUCAUUCAUCAUCACCAUUUCUACUUCAAUCGUGCACUACUAUGCAACAACAACAACGUCAUUGUAAUUUAAAUAAAGAUGGCACAUUCCUUUGUUCACAACCGUAUCUUGGGUUAAUAGUCAAUAGUGGUUCAGUGAAUGGCUUACAUAUAUAUCCAUCUUCUGUUAACAAUACAUUAAAUACAACUACUAAUAACAAUAAUAUUAAUACAACAAUAUCUUGGAUGAGUAGUUCCAAUUACUCAUCUAGUGGGAAGUCAACACCUCGGCAACCGGCGAAAAAACGUCCUGAAGCUAGAACACCAACUAUAGAUGGUUCAUUAGAUGAAAACCUACUGUCAUAUCCUCUAUCAAAUUCAUUAACUAGCAACACCUCAAUGUUGACAACAUCAACAGCAACCGGAUUAUGCAAUUUUGAUGAUUCACAUUCACAUUUAUCAACAACACCUGUAACAUCAUCGACAGAAUCGACAACGAAUACCUUUAUGGUACAUCAUAAAUCACCAUUCGUCCCAGUGCAUAGUAGAGUUGGUCGUCCCAAUUCAACAGAACUAACUCCUACUAGUUUAAAUUAUAUAAAUGAUGAUCCCGGUUCACAUUGUCUUUCAUCAUUUACAACAACUAUGACGGUAAAUAAUUCACCAAAAAAACAAAUUUCAGAAAAAUACCAAUUAAUAACCAAUGCUACAAAUGUCAAUUUCUCAUCGACACAUCAUAAUACCAGUGAUCGUAAUGUCGACGAAGAUGAUGAUAAUGAUGAUGAUGAAGGUGAAAUGGAUCAAGAAUUAGUUGAUAUUAUGGUUGCACGUAAUACUGCUUCAACUGUAUCAAAUUUUUCAUCAUAUUCUUCAUCGAAUUUACAUAAUUCAUUUAAAUCACAAAUUGGCCACAAUCAAAUCCAUCCGCUUCUGUUAAAUUAUAACAACAAUAAUCGUAGUAUUACUACUACUACUAAUAAUAAUAGUAAUAUUAAUAAUCGACAAGAUUUACUAAAUUCUGAUGAGAUUGGUAGUGCUAGUCCAAAUGGAAGACGUGUGAUAGCUGCAAUUGUUGCUGCUUUAGCGAAUGUCAGUGAAUCACCAUUAAUGAUGGAGAGUUCAACUCCAGUUAAUAAUUCACGACGAAGUGUAUCAGCUUGUAGUCUUCCACAUAUAGAUGUUAAUGCAUUAAAUGAAGAUUCAGUGGAUUUAUUUUCACAUCAUCAUAAUCAUAAUCAUCAAAAUAAUCAUAUUAAUGGUAAUUUUAUAACGAAUAUACAUCAAAAUCAUAUUGGUCAAUCUAAUAAAAAUAAUUCAUUAAAUGGUAAUAAUGAAUGGAAUUAUUCAAAUAAAUCGAUAACUAGGAAAUCAUUAAGAAUGGGGAUUGGUGAUGAACAACCAUUGACUCCACCACCGCCUAAAUUAAUGUCAUCAUCAUCAUCAUCAUUAUCAUCAUCGUCAAGAAAACUUUUGACACCUUUAUCAGGACCAAUGGUAAGAACAACAACAUCAACAGUUUCAUUACGGAAUGAAAUCAAUUCAUUUACUGAUGAUCAUGCAACAUUAGACAUUAUUCCUAAAUUAUCACCUAAUGUUAAUUGUACUAUGAAUGAUGAUGAUGAUAAUAAUAAUAAUAUUAAUAACAACAUUGGUGAAUACAGUUUGAGCAGGAAAGAUUCAUCUCCACAAGAAUCAUCAAUGCAUGAAUUGGCUACUCUACUUCGUAAUUCACCGGCUUCAGGAAUUAGUCAAGAGUUGAUUGAUAUGCUUGCUAACAUGGCUCAACAAUAUGGAAUGCAACAAUCACGUACAGGUAGUCGUGCUAGUCGUCCAUCAAGUCAAGUUGCUCAACGUUUUUAUCGAAGCCUAGUUAAUGGUUCUGUAUGUGGUUCACCAUUUCCAAUAACUCCUGUUGGUAGUUCUACUUCAUCAACAUUUAACUUUCUUCAUACACCUAACAGUUGUGGCGGAGUCAGUGGAUUAGUAAGUGGUGUCUCUGUAGGAGGUAUUGUCAGUUGCGAACAAAACAAUAAUAUAACACCAUUGAGCUAUUGUCAUCAAACAAAUGGAUUAACUACUACCAUUACUGAUAAUAAUAGCAGUAGUUAUUCCACGUUACCAACUAAUCAUUUGCAUAGUUUUAGUUUCACUCCAUUGUCUGUUGAUGAUUUAGACUCAUCGACUAGUUUACAAAUUCUACCAACUUGUACAAAUCAUGAAUUAUUAUUGACAAAUAAUCGUAAUUGUAUAAAUCAAUGCGCAAUAUUGAAUCAUCAUCAUCAUCAUCAUUGUUCCUCAUCACCGUCUUCAUCUCAAUUUAUUUCCUCCUCUUCUUGUUCGUCAUCAUCAUCAUCUUCCUCUACCAUAUCAUCGUUUCAUAGUCAUACGACCAAUAAUAAUACUGUACCGAUGUCGUCGACAGCAUCUGCUUUCUCGUUACACAACUAGAAAUGUUUGUUUGUUUAUAUAUAUAUGUGAAAGAGAGUGUGCUUCGAGUGCCCCCUUCCUUUCUUCGUGUGAUGAUGUACACAAAUAUGUGUAUAUGUUUAUAAUAUACAUAUAUGUUGCUUAUUUGCUUAUUCACAGGGAAUUUUUUUCUUCUCUUUGUCAGUUGUUUGAGUAUACAACAGUGUUUUUUUUAUAAUUGUUCUUAUAUUUUCAGAGGAAACCAUAUUCUUAAAAGCAACAUUUAUCUAGUUAUUUUAUGCAUUCAAUUCUAACGAUUUGAUGACUUUAUUUUGCCUAUUUACUAUUUAUUGUUUGUUAUAUGAACCGAUCAUGAUUGCAUUUUACACUGUGUGUGUGUGUGUCUGUGUUUUUAUCAAUGUCUGUGCGGCUUCUUGUUUUCUUUUAUUUUGGUGUUUAUUUCAUAGUUUCUUUUGAAUUAUCGUUAUUCUUAUUUGUUUACUUUCUUGUUUCAUCAUUUUUCUUUUUCUUUCAAUACUCUGACAUAUAAUUGAAUAUGCCUAUUUUUACAAUUGAACAAUAUAUGCUUUUGUUCUAUCGGUGAAUGUGCUCAUCACUCAACUACCGUGAACCUUUGCAGAAAAGUUGGCGGGGGGGAGACAGAGAGAGUUGGUGCAGUUGCUCUUUUUUUUCAAACUCUCAAAUAAAUCGACAUCGACUUAACUGAUACCGCUAUUAUGACAAUUUUGUCAUUGUGGUUCUAGAAACGUCAUUGGAUUCCUAUAGUUUACAGUGUCUUAUUUGUUUACGAUUGUGUGUACAGUGAAAAAUAUCAGGUGUAAAAUGUAUAUUUCCAUUAUUUCCCGUUUAUUCCCACUUGGACUAUGUAUUGCAUCCUUUAAUGCAUAUAUGUAUGUAUGUAUGUAUGUUUGUGGACAGAAACAACAUCAUUACGUUGGCGAUGGUGCUGAAGAGGAAUUGUAAGGAUUGUGCUAUCUUAUGUGUAGUCUCUUAACCUCUCUCUCUGUUUAUUUACUUUCUUCUACAUGUUUGUAUAUGUAUUUCGAAGCCUUUCUCAUUAACGAUUUCUCUUCAUUCUUUAUUGUACACAAUUAUAUCUGGUAUUUUUUUAAAAAUAUAUACACAUUUACUACUUAUUGCCCCUUACUACUCCUACUUAUAUCCAUGUAAGCGUUAUAUUACCCGGUUGCUACAAUUGAUUGAUACAUUCAUUCAUUGAAGGUAUACAUAUAAUUCACAUUCUAUAAAUACUGUGAAUGCUUAUUUUAUGAUAGAUUUUUACCGGUUGUUUUUCAUUGUAUGUAUAUGUGUUGAUCACAUUUCAUCCAUCUAUCUAUCUAUGUAUUAUUGUUCAACAUGGUUAUAAAUCAUGGUAACUAAUAGUACACCAGUGUUAUUUUGUUCAUUCUGGUUUUAUGCAAUACCUUUUCUCAUUUUAUUCUAUACAUAUAAUAAUUAUUUAUUUGGUCAUUUUUAUAUUACAGCGCCAAAAGAUAUUAUGUAAACAUUUAUUUAUUUAUUUAUUCAUUUAUUUACUUAUUAUUAUAUCCUCGAUUACAUACUACUGGUACCCAUCUACCUAUUGCGUUCAUCUCCCCGCUCUGUCUCUCUCCCACAUCCCCCUACACACACAGAGAGAGAAAGUAGAAACUUCUUCGUCUGUAUAAUGACUUAGUUUGCUCGUAUAUGUUAAUGUAUAUCAUUCAUUCUGUGGUUGAUUGAUUGGCUUUCAUUGUUUCUGUUCUCCUCCUCCUCCUCCCUGUGUUUUCAUUUCUCUUUUUUAUUGUUUCUUCUCAUCAUGAUAUACCGUAUAGAUAGAUACAUAUAUUUGUUUGCCACUCUCCUCCUUAUCUCUUAUUUGUAAUAUAUAAAUAAAUAUUUUUCUAUAUGUGCUCAAGAGAUGAAAAAGAUUGUGAAACAUCAAAUAAUAGUCAAUAUUAUUCUAUAUGCCUUGUAUUUAUUUAUUUAUUUGUUCGUGGUUCUUUUUUCCUCUUUAUCAUGAAUAGUUACUAUCUGACAUUGUAGAUAUAUGAUACUGACAAUGUGCCUGUGCGUGUGUGUGCGUGCACAUUAUUCUAAAGUGGAGAAAAAAAUGUCACAAUACAAAGAUAUGAAUAAAUAGAGGAGGGAGGGAGUCAGAGUAUACAAAACAACACACAUUUAUUUAGUGAUAUAUAUUAUUAUAUUCUGCAAAAAGAGGAAUCUAAUCACCAAUACCCAUACCAUACAACAUACUACUCUGAUGAUGAUAACAUGGGAAAAUUUUCUUUCAUUGGACAAUAAGAGAGAGAGAGAGAAGAAGAAAACAAAUAAAAUUUAUUUAUUUAUUUAUAAUAUUUGAUGAUUUUAGGCUUUUAUUUUAUAUAUUUUUAUGAAUCCCUAUCCCAUCGUUUCCACCCCCCUCCUAUCCCCCUCAGUGUCUUUUAUAUAACAUAUAUUCAGUGAUUUCAUGUUGUAUAAUUUUUUUUGGGGGGGGGGGGGGUACGGGGGACAAUGUAUUGGUAAAUAAAUUUUAAACUACAAAAUUUGUAAUUCUAAUGUAUUUCUCAAUAUGAAGAAAAAAGUGGUCUGUAUGUGUAAGUGUGUAGUUGAGUAUAUUCUACUAUUGUAUAUGUAUGUGUAGAUAGAUACACCAUUCACAAUUAUAUAUAUAUAUAUGAAGUAAUUGUUCCUGUCCUUCUUAUUCUGCCAUUCUCCGUUUAUCAUUCUAUUCUUCUGUCAGUUUUUCUUCCUUAAAAUUCUGCAAAUCUCUCUGUAUUCUCUUUUUUCUUCUGUACAGAUUAAUUGAAUUGUUAUGAUGAAGGAAGAGAUGUUUUCAUUUCACAUUAGAAAGACUUGUUCAAUAUUAUAGGAACAAUGAAUGUUGUAUUGAUUAAGGCACAACUUAUCGAUCCGUUGAAUAGAUCUUCUCAUUGAAUUGAAUUUCAACGAAUAGGUAAUGAUAGUUAAGAUGUAUAUAUUCAUACUAGUUUAUAUAUUACAAACAUUUGAGCUCAAAAUCAACUGUGUAUUUAUCGUCCAUUAAUUAUAAUGAGGAUGUAUUGAAAGUGAGUACAAAGAGAGAGAGAGAGAGAGAAAAGGGGUGGGAGCAGGAUAAACAAUAUUGAUUUUCUUGGGUUUUUCUUUUCAUUUCGAAACUUUGUAUAAUGUAAAUGCUUGUGCGUGUGUGUAUGUAUGUAUGUAUGUAUGUGUUUGUGUAUGUUACCCAUGUACUCAUCUCCUACCUUUAAAAUUUAAUUUACAUAAAAUUUACCAUAUAUAAUUGUAAUUCAUUACCGGUUAAUAGAAAUAAUACAUUAUGAAUUGCUAUGCUUACAAUGUUUGUUUGUUUGUUUGUACCCCCCCGCCGCCAAAUUAACCUUUUAAUCAUAGUAAUCAUAUAUAUAUAUAGUUUUUAUUAUUGUUUCUUUUUCUAAAAAAAGAAAAAGAAAAACAACCUUCUAUUGCCUUCAUUGUAUGUGCAUGUGUUAUUUGUGAUUUGAGUAAAGGUUUCUGAUAAUAUGAUGAUUAUAAAAUAAUAAUCACUAUAAUAUAUAUAUAGACAUAGUUACUGUGACUGUUUUUUCUUUUCUUUUUUUUGUUUUGUUUUCCCUCCUCCCUGCUUUUUUUCUCUUUCUUUGUUCUGUUCUGUUCAUUUAUUUAUUUAUUUAUUUCUUCGAUUUAUUAAAAAAGAAGCAGAGAUUAACUAAAUUGAUACAUGUACGUGUAUGUAUGUAUGUAUAGUGAUGUUGUAAUUAUUCGAUUUAAUUAUUGCUAAGAUGAUCCAAUUUCUUUUGUAGUAAACAUUGUGAACAUAUAUAUAUAUAUAUAU